ACGGAAAGAAGAGAGGAUUGCUUCUCAGCUGCAUCUGAAAGGAGUUUAUCUGGGGGAAGUGGACAGUCCAUGUCUUUCAAAUCUGGUUCAUCAGGGGAGAUUGAGCUUUUAGGCGUCGAGAAAGCAAGAAAGGCUCGAGGUAUGGAGCUGUCCAAUAGAUUACAAGAAUUUCUGGAACAAGAGCAUCAGGAUCUGGAUACAGAUGAUUCCCUUUGCGAGAUUCAAAAAAUUGUCUCCAAAGAUAAUUUUUUCAAAGAAGUUCUUGACGAGCAGAAGGUAGAAUCUAUAACUCAGGAAGCUCUCAGCUGGCUAAAUGCAAGGCCCUAUGAAGAGGCUUACAAAAUCUUUGAACAAGUCUUCCUUCCUUCUCCAAACAUCGGAGUUGGAAGAUUGCUUGAAGCGAAGGAUGAUGUUUACUUUGUUAAGCUGGGGCCUCACACUGCUGAAUGGAUUAAGCCAAGGGAGAUAGGAACGAAGAUACUACUGUCUGUACAAUCAUCGCAAAAUCUCAUUUUUCAGGCUCACUCAGAUCGGGGUCUUUGGGAAUGUGAUAGAGAGCUAAAGGAAUUGAUAGAACAUAUACGAAGAGCUCCUAUCGGCAAGACUCUCAGAAGCAACGCGGAUUUUUCGAUGGGCACCACCAGCUUUAAUUCAGAGACCACCACAUUGACUAAGCUUCCAUUACCAAGGGCUCUUCAUGAUGUCUUUGAAAGCAGUAUCCCUAAAAAUAUGAAGAUAAGCUUUGAAGACACCCCUUCCAAUGCCAAUUGGAAGCUAAAUGAUAGCUACUUGCAGAUAUUCCUAGAAAACUAUCUCUCCGAGGAGACUAUACCCGUAGGCUUAGGACUUGGGUUAUAUCAGUCGAAUAACCUCUUUUUGGUCAAAAUCAAUUCUUCUAGGGCGGAAUGGGUCCGGCCUCGAUCAAUCGACCAAAAAUUAAAGCUGUUGAAUGAUCUGUUGGAGAUGUGGAGACCUAUCAUUUGCGCACCUUGGAUCACAUUAGAAGAAUCGGCCUCUUAUUUCAACAGGUUGACAUUUUUAUUGAAAGAGGAAAGAUUGCCUUUGGGUAGUGGCUGA